UGAAGAGGUUAUGUGUGUUUAUAAAACGUUUAAAAAAUAAAAACAUUCAAAAUGAAUGAAGUUGAGAAGCUAGAAUAUUUAUCUUUGGUUUCCAAAGUAUGUACGGAGCUGGAAAACCAUUUGGGAAUGAAUGAUAAAGACUUGGCCGAGUUUAUCAUACAUCUAUCAGAAACACACGAUACCGUAUCGAGUUUUAAGAAAGUUCUUGUUGAAAAUGGGGCGGAAUUUUCGGAUUCUUUUGUCAGCAACUUGCUGAGAAUAAUCCAGCAUAUGAGACCAAGAAAAUCUGGUCAAAACAGUUCAAAGGCAAGUUCCCAACCUGACGCUGAUAAAAAUGACUUGGCGUUUAAGUUUCCCGGUCUGGCCUUGCCCAAUGAAUCCCAAAAACCCAUGGAAGAAGAAAAAAAGCCUGCUGACAAGCCAAAAGAAAAAAAAGAAGAUAACGAUGUUGUAGCUGAUUUAAUGGCACAAUUUGAAGCUCAAGCCCCUUCAAGUAAUAAAGAGGGUGAUAGAAAAAGGGAAAGAAGUAGAAGUAAAGAAAGGGAUAGACAUAGAGAAGGGGACAGAAGCAAAAGAAACAGAUCAAGAUCCAGGUCGAGAGAGCACCAUAGAGAUAGAAGAAACAGAUCUAGAGAUAGAGAUCGAAGCAGGAGACAUAGAUCAAGAUCUAGGGAAAGAAGAAGGUCAAGGGACAGAAGAAGCAGAUCAAGAGAAAGAAAGCACGAUAAACAUGAUAGAGUUAAUAAUAAGAAUAAGCAUGAACGAAGUCCAGACUUGGAUGAUGAUCCGGUUCCAGGAAAAAUAUACAGUGGCAAAGUAGCCAAUAUAGUGCCGUUUGGAUGUUUUGUGCAAAUUGAGGGGUUGAAAAGGAGAUGGGAGGGGUUGGUGCAUAUAUCCCAAUUAAGGGCUGAGGGUAGAGUUACUAAUGUUUCCGAGGUCACUGCUAGAGGCAACAAAGUAAAAGUAAAAAUCCUCUCAGUAACUGGCCAGAAAGUAUCUUUGUCGAUGAAGGAUGUUUGCCAGAUGAGUGGUAAGGAUUUAAAUCCGCUGUCACAUGCUCCUUCUGAAAGGGAAGAUAGGGAUAGAAAUCCGGAUAGGCCCACAAGUAGCUCCACUAGUGUGUUUAGAUUGCCUGUAGGUACUGAUGAAGGAGAAGAGGAUUCCAGGAAGAAAAUCACCAAAAUGUCUAGUCCAGAAAGAUGGGAAAUCAAACAGAUGAUUUCGUCCGGUUGCAUAGAUAAAAGUGAACUCCCAGAAUUCGACGAUGAAACCGGACUUUUACCAAAAGACGAAGACGGCGAAGCCGACAUUGAAAUAGAACUGGUUGAAGAUGAAGCGCCAUUUUUGCACGGGCACGGUAGAGCAAUGCACGACUUAAGCCCAGUAAGAAUUGUCAAAAAUCCAGAUGGCUCCUUAGCGCAAGCCGCCAUGAUGCAGUCUGCUUUGGCUAAGGAAAGAAGGGAACAGAAAAUGCUCCAGAGAGAAGCGGAAGUCGACUCUCAACCCUCGGGGAAAAACAAAAACUGGAUUGAUCCGCUUCCAGAAGAGGAAGAUAAACCUUCUCAAGCAAGGGGUAUUGGCUUGCAAACUCAGGAUCUUCCCGAAUGGAAAAAGCACGUUAUUGGCGGUAAAAAGUCUUCUUUUGGUAAGAAGACCAAUUUGACUAUAGUUGAACAAAGGCAAUCUUUACCCAUCUACAAGCUUAAGGAAGAAUUAAGAAAAGCCGUGACCGAUAACCAGAUCCUCAUCGUCAUCGGCGAGACCGGUUCCGGCAAAACGACUCAAAUAACUCAGUACCUCGCCGAAGCUGGCUUUAUAGCGCGCGGCAAAAUCGGUUGCACGCAGCCGCGUCGUGUUGCCGCCAUGUCCGUCGCCAAACGCGUCGCAGAAGAGUUCGGUUGCCGGCUGGGCCAGGAAGUCGGCUACACGAUACGUUUCGAAGAUUGCACCAGUCCAGAAACGAUUAUAAAAUACAUGACGGACGGUAUGUUGCUCAGAGAGUGUCUCAUGGACUUGGACCUCAAAGGUUACUCGGUCAUUAUGCUCGACGAGGCCCACGAACGCACAAUACACACCGACGUUCUGUUCGGUCUGCUCAAGCAAGCCGUGCAAAAGCGCCCCGAGCUCAAGCUCAUAGUGACAUCGGCAACGCUGGACGCCGUCAAGUUCUCGCAGUACUUCUUCGAGGCGCCGAUUUUCACGAUACCCGGCAGAACGUUUCCCGUCGAGGUGCUCUACACCAAGGAGCCGGAAACCGACUACCUGGACGCCAGCCUGAUCACCGUGAUGCAGAUCCACCUGCGGGAACCCCCGGGAGACGUCCUGAUCUUUCUGACGGGCCAAGAGGAAAUCGACACGGCCUGCGAAAUAUUGUACGAAAGAAUGAAGUCUCUAGGCCCCGAUGUUCCCGAACUCAUCAUUCUUCCCGUGUAUUCGGCCUUGCCCUCGGAAAUGCAGACGAGAAUUUUCGAUCCGGCUCCGCCUGGCAGCAGAAAAGUCGUCAUUGCUACCAACAUUGCCGAAACUUCCCUGACCAUUGACGGCAUUUUUUACGUGGUAGAUCCCGGUUUCGUCAAACAGAAAGUUUACAACUCCAAAACUGGAAUGGAUUCGCUGGUUGUCACCCCGAUUUCACAGGCUCAAGCCAAACAAAGAGCGGGACGUGCGGGGCGCACGGGUCCCGGCAAAUGUUACCGUCUGUACACCGAAAGGGCAUACCGGGACGAGAUGUUGCCAACCCCGGUACCCGAAAUACAGCGAACCAAUCUGGCGACCACCGUCCUUCAAUUAAAAACCAUGGGCAUCAACGACUUGCUCCACUUCGAUUUCAUGGACGCCCCGCCUGUGGAGUCCCUUAUUAUGGCCUUGGAGCAGUUGCAUUCCCUUUCUGCCCUGGACGACGAGGGUCUCUUGACGAGGCUCGGUAGAAGGAUGGCCGAGUUUCCCUUGGAACCAAAUUUAUCGAAGAUGUUGAUAAUGUCGGUGGCGCUGCAAUGUUCCGACGAAAUUCUGACAAUAGUCAGCAUGCUUUCGGUGCAGAACGUGUUCUACCGACCGAAAGACAAACAAGCGCUGGCCGAUCAGAAAAAGGCCAAGUUCAAUCAGCCCGAAGGCGACCACCUGACGCUUCUGGCCGUUUACAACAGCUGGAAGAACAAUAAGUUCUCCAACGCUUGGUGCUACGAAAAUUUCGUGCAAAUUAGGACUCUUAAGAGAGCGCAGGACGUUAGAAAGCAACUGUUGGGGAUCAUGGACAGGCACAAGUUGGACGUUGUGUCAGCAGAUAGAAAUACAGUUAGAGUUCAAAAAGCUAUAUGUUCAGGGUUCUUUAGGAAUGCCGCCAAAAAAGAUCCUCAAGAAGGUUAUAGGACUCUGGUGGACAGCCAAGUUGUCUAUAUACAUCCUUCAAGUGCCCUAUUCAACAGACAACCCGAGUGGGUAAUAUAUCACGAGUUGGUGCAAACCACAAAAGAAUACAUGAGGGAGGUAACAACAAUAGAUCCCAAAUGGCUGGUAGAGUUUGCACCCGCAUUCUUUAAAUUCUCAGAUCCUACAAAGUUGAGCAAGUUUAAGAAAAACCAACGUUUGGAACCGUUAUACAACAAAUACGAAGAACCAAAUGCCUGGAGAAUAUCGCGUGUUAGAAGGCGAAGAAAUUAGAAAUGUUUCGACUGUAUUAAUUUAAUUUUUUUAUUGUAUAUAAAUGAAUAAAUUGAUUAAG